CGAAGUCUAAUAGAGCAACACUGUAACUCAGUCCCCAUUAGUGAUUCACAACAAAGAGGAAGGUCACAUUUCCCACACGGAAAAGCAAAUAAACUUUAAAUAGCACAUUAUUGGUAAAUUACCCACACAUUGCCGUUUGUUUACAUAUCAUCAGCAAUACUGAUAAAAUAUUAUAUUGAAACACCUCCGUGCAAGCGGAUGUUAAGGUCGAUCGUACAAAAUACAAGAAACACUUGCUCCACAACAUAUACGCGUCUCUAGUCCAGAUUUGUAAUCCGGUUCAGUUUUAGCUCCAGUGCAUCUUAGAUUCGCGAAUAUGAUUGUGUUUCGAGGAAGCGGAAUUAUAUUUUUCAUAUCUGUGACCUUGGUCACUAACGUUGUUUCGCAAGAUCUGUCCAAUUUGAGGAUCAAUAUCGAAAAUGCAGUCAGACAAGGAUUAGCCCCUUUGAAGAAUCUUGGACCUAUAAUCAGCCAUAGUGUUUAUGGUGCCUAUAGGCCUGUCCAGCAAAGCAAAAUGCCAGGUAUAUCAUGUGUCAGAUUUGAAUACUUAUCUACAUUAGGAUAG